AACCACAUCAGGCACACCAUUUCAGAGCAGCUAGCGGCUGGCUUGACAUUACUGUGCGGAAGAUAUGGCACGCAAAUGUACACUGGCGUCAUCGGCUCUUGCGCUAUGUAUAUUUAUAAGCCUGGUUCAUGAUAGUCCUGAAGCACAAAGUGGAGGCGUUCGUAUGGACUUCUUACCAAUUUACAUUAAUGACCAAGACAUCACAAAGGUGUUUCGCAGAGUGCCUUAUUGGUGGCUCUUCGGUUUCUACAUUCCGCUCAGGGAGACUGCGGAGAACAAGAGAGAAUGCGUCCAUUUUAAAAAGCAGGAACAAAAUGACACUGAUAUUAUAUUGAAAGCAUUCGGCGGAAAGGGCAAGGAAGAGACGGAGAUUGAAAUCCAUGGAAAGUUCUAUAAAUGUAAUGACACAUAUGGAAUGGAAAAGGGCCAGCGGAAACAGCCAAAUUGUGUUAGACUUACCGCAGCAGAUCCAAUGUUUGGAGCAAACUUCAGAUUGCUCUAUUUAGAAUAUGGCAAGUGUUCUCUCUUCCGAGUGAUGGACGUGGGUGCAGGAACCGGCUGCCUGGUUCUUCUCAGCAAUUCGACUGUCGGCAAGAGUCUGGGUCCUGUGUGUAAGACAGCCUAUAAACGAUUUUGCGGUGACGAACAUGCACUUCAAAUCGUGUAUAAAGAUGGCUGCAAAUGGCAAGGCGCCCAAGCAAACGCCACGAAAAACGCCCAAGGCAGUUAAUAAAGACACCCUCUCCCUUGCUUUGCAAUA